GUUUCGAGCGGUUUGCAAAAGCAAAAAGACGUGCCAGCUCUGGUCCAACAGAAAAAGCAGAAACAGCACGUUUUGACAGAAAAUCGUAACAAGUAAGCAGCGAUCGCUUUAGUUUCUGAAUCUGUAGCGAUCGGUCAUUUUCUCCUGCCCAAAAUCUUGAUCUUCUAUCCAUCAUGAAGCGCCUGCUAGUCCAGCAAGGCCGGAAUGCGACCGGUACUGGUGGCUCCGGAAACUGCCGACGAGCCCCGGGGCAGGCGGUGACGCAACGAUCGUGUAAAAAUUUUUCAACCAACGCCGCCGCCGUAGCGGAAGUUCAUGCAGAAGCAUCAACUGUGACUGCGAGCAGUAGUGUCCUAGGGAACACGACCACCAGUAGUGGUUGUACUAGCAACAACAGCGUGACUCUCCCCUCCGGAAAAGUCAUCAACGUCCCGAGGAAGAUUCCGCAGCCGACGCAGAACCCAAACGUGAAAGCCUCCGCGGCGUCGCUGAAGCAAAAAGUGGCGGAAAACGCAAAGCAGGCGCUACAGCAGAAGGUAGCGCAGCGGUAUGCGAUCGGGGACACGGGAAUGGCCACGGUGCUGGAGAAGCAAGUGGUGCAGGAACAAGGCCGUGGAUCACCUGGUGGCCAGGUGGAAAGUUGUAUACACGCUGAAGCAGGAGGAGCCGCGCUUGGAGGUGCAGCUGAAAUAAAUCGAAAUGUUCGUGAAGAUGGUAAAAUAAACACGACGACCUCCACAGCGUCCGCGAGUGCCGUGGAGAAGACAGUGGAAGAGUUGGAAGCUGAGCAGAAGUACAAGGAGACCGCGAUGAAAAUGCGCAGAAUCAAGUCGCUGUUUUCCCAGCUGAAUCAAGCGGCCAAUGCGGGCAAGAUGACGCAAAUCGAAGCUUUGCUAACCGAGUUGGAGAACACAGACGCGAUUGCGGAACGAGUCCAGAUGUACAACAUUGCUCUCAAGGGGGUCAGCAAGGCGUUUUCAAUGUCGUCAAGGAACCAGAACUCCGGAGAUCGACGUGGUAACUAUGUAUCGUCAGCGGACCAGGAUUACAACAGCACUCAACUGGUGCAACAAGCGGAGAAUCUGUUCCAGCGGCUGCUGCAAAACGGCGAGACACCCAGUUCGUACACCUACUCCGCAUUAAUUCAGUGCUGCAUCGAGGCCAAUCGUUACGAUUUGGCUGAGAAGUGGUUCGAGGAAUAUCGGAAAAAUUUGGAGAUUUUUGGAAGUGGAAAUAAUCCACCCAGUGAAAAUGCACCUGCGAAGGGAAAUGACGGGCGGGAGGUGAAAAGCAGCGAAAGCGGGGCAGAAAGGGGUGGCAGUGCAGCGGAGGGUGGUGCUGCAACUUCGGGUACUUACGCAUGAGAGACUUUUGUUCGAUGAGGGGUCAUUGUUAAUAAUCUAGAUUCUCUCUUGCUUGCAGGACAAAGCUACGUCGUAACAAACUGUGUGGACUUGUUGAUGCGAAGGGCGCAACAUCAAUUUUACAGACGCUACAACUACUACAUCCCCGGCCCAAGACAUUGAUGAUCACGAAGUGAUUUACAGUUCCAUGAUGAAUGCCGCGUUCAUAUUGUAUUUAAAAACGUCCCCACCCCAUAGUUGCAAUGCAAAUCUGCAUGCUGAAAAUGUUUCUCAUGGGGAGCCCCAUGAGAAGCGGUUUCUAGUCGUGUUUUGGAAUUUGUCAUGCUCCAGUCAGCAUGAUAUACUAGAUCUGUGAUGCUGCUGAACUACCUCAAACAGCACUACACUACGAGUGCAAAUUUGUCAUGCAAAACAGCCAAAACUUGUGGACUUGUCUAGCCGAUUCCCCAUCUUGACUAUGGUGUGGGCACGUUUUUACAUAGGAUAGUUCAAAGCGCACAAGUCACUGGAGGCGGAAAAAUACUUCCGGCUGCUCACGGAGGACUGCGACAUUCGGCCGAGCCUGGUGUAUCCUGUGCAAAAGUAUCGUACUCGUAUUGCAAUCAUGCAUUACAAAUCCUUUUGCUAAGGUAAAUCUGCAUUACAAAUUUUAUUAUUAUUUCUCAUGCUGAGAAAAUUUGUAAUGCAUUUAUACGAGUACGAUACUUUUGCAGUUCAUAUGGUGUCUUACGGAACGAUGCUCUACGGGUUCGCGCGCAGGUGCGACAAUUGGGGCAAGGCCAUGGAAUACUUGGACUUGGUAUAAUGAAAGGUUAUACCAUUAUACGACGAUAGUUUUUUUGAUUUUUUUUUUCUGCAGAGUAUCAAAGAAGGGAGAAGCCCUCCGUGCAAUGGAAGGGGCGGCGCGCUCGGUGGGUGUCCAGAGGUCGUGUGCAUCUUCUUCCGUAGGAUUCGAAAAUUUGAAGCCUAGGUUUGUGAACAAAAAAAAUUCCAGAUGCAAUCCCAGAACAUCCAGCCGAAUGCGGUAAUCUACACGUCCCUGAUUUCCUACUGUGCGAAGCGAAACGAUUGGCAGAACGCGGAAAAGUGGAUGGAAGAGAUGUGCGAGAAAAAUGUCCUGCCUGACAUAUGCAUUGUAAAUGUGUCUGGGUGUGGAAACUUGUGAUGCAAAUCUCUGAAGAACGCUGGGCGCACCGUAAUGCGCAGCCAAGCAUGACAAGUUUUUCAGCUGCUAUGUGUUUCGUACUCCGCAUGACAAGCUGCGUUUUCGCAUGACAGGUAAGAGGAGCUUAUCGUGGCUAUGCAUCACAGAUUUACGAGUCAUGCCCGACAAGCAUGACAAACCUUCCAGACGUAGAUACAUGUGCAUUUGAUAUGACAGCUGGGCGUACAACGCGUUACUCACCGUUUUGAUCCGGCACGAGCAAACGGACCGGGCUAUCAAAAGGAAAAAUCCCCCCUCCCCAUACUGAAAAGGUAUACUUUUGGAAAUUUGUGAUGCUGAUUUGUGGCCACAAAUCGCGUCUGUCUUGCAAGAAGGCAACUCCGCAGGCUUCGCCGCAUUAUGCAGGCGCUUUGUCAUGCUGUUGGGCCUACAGUGCGGAUUUUUUCCAUGCUAAGAGCCUAGGCCAAAACCUCUCUCCUCACACUUAGCAUGGGCCUGCAGUGCUUUCCAGCAAGACAGCGCGGAUUUGUGUACACAGACCCAGCAUCAGAAAUCUCGUUUUGAUAUGGGGCGGUGGAAUUUUUCCUUUCGAUGCGGGCGCUGUUUUAUUUGGACAAGGCGCUCACCGGGGAGCACAAGAAGCACGUGAAGAAGAAGGAGCUCCGAAUCGACGGAUUAUUGCGGCUGGUGUGCAGCAACGCUGCGGGCGAGGCGGCGUCGGUGGAGAAUUACCCCGUGGAGACGAUUGAAAAAGUCUUCGACGCGGUGUUGCACGCCCAGCACCCGAUCGAGGUGAUCUCCUUCAAUUUAGCGAUCGCCGCGAUGUGGGCCCGGAACGCGGAGGAGAAGGCGAUGUUUUAUUUCGAGAAAUUGAAGAACUGGAACCUCAAGUCCGGGUCCGCCAGACAGCUGGAGCCGACGACGUAUUUUUUGUUACGAUUUUUUCGGCUUUAUGUUCUGAUUUUGUACAAUUUUAAUUAUCGCAUCUCCUCACUUAGAAGCAAGGACACAUGCAUGCGCCAGGAAUUUUGUUUGUCCUUUUCGGGAUGAAUAAAAAAAAGGUGGCUCAAAUUUUUUCCAUCAAGCAUGAUAUCAUUUCCAAACAGCUACACCCACUUCGCGAUGAUGCGUGGGGCGCAGAGCCAGAUGAAGGGGGAGUUCGCGAUCAACUACUACGAGAAAUACGUGAAGGAAAGUGAAAAAGACUGCUCGAAGCUGGAGAACCUCUACCUCCGGCUCUUGCUGGAAUCGGAAAAGGAAUCGGAUCAGGAGAAAGCGCAAAAACACCGAAAAUCGAUGGAAGACCGGAUGAUUGAAUUUGACAACCUGAGCAAGCGGGCGCUCGGAGUUAUCCUGAGUAAAAACGUCACCACCCCAGAGUUGUCAUGCAGAUUUCCAGCCACAGGAAGAUUUGUCAUGCGCAUCUCCAUGAGAGGCAUUUCCAGUCGUGUUUUGGACUUUGUAAUUCCCUAAACUGGGUGAGUAGGUGGAUUUGCGUUGCGGCUGUAUCAUGCUUGACUCCCAAAACUUCUCGACUUGUGUUGCGAGAUCCCCAGCUUGACUCUGGGGUGGGGACGUUUUUGCUCAGGAUAAGAGUGGAAAAGUACUCUCAAUCGCUGUUUUUUCUUGGCAUGCUUGUUUAUUUUGUGCAUCGACAGUUUAAGUUUUGCUUUUGCCUUUGAUGCUAUGCAGGAUGUGAGAAUGAUCCUCUAGGUCGGAAUAAGAUUCAUCAAAUCCAGCAAGAAAAACAUCAAGAUCCCAACCGGCGAAAAAGAGUUCUUCACGUCAUUCCAGUUACUUAUUUCACUUUCUGCAAUGCUUUAGUCAGCAGGGAAACUACUUCACUCAUAGUUUCGCUGUGUUACGACAUUGCUACACUAAACCGAUCACACCGCAGUCACCUUCUUGAAGACCUCCUAGUCACUUUGCGUUUUGGUUUUCAUUUCGCGCCGACUUGGUCUUCCGAUUGCAUCGUGAUCUCUCACUUCGCUUCUGAGAGUUGAAGGCUACUUUUGAUGAACUGCUUUAGCGGAUGAUAUUCUUCACAGAUAUAAUCUGUUGGUAGUUCUUUUUUGUAGUGGUCUUCUUAGUUUUGCGAAGGACAAUUUAUUUUUCGGGUCCUCACGCUCGCAUCGAGAUCGAUCAACAUCGUGAUUUGCAGCCUCGGGGUUGUACGAUAAAAAAUCGAAAACGAUAGUAUAGCCGAUCAAGAGCAAAAAGAUAUUUAAUUUGACGUUGUUUAUUGACUAACAGGGAGUCUGUUGUCCAGCAAACCACUUCGGACGAUGGAACGACCUAUCCUGAGUAGAAACGUCCCCACACCAGAGUCAAGAUGCGAGAUCUGCUAUACAAAUCCACCAGCUUUGGUUGUUUCGCAUGGCAAGUUUGUCUUCAUAGUGUGAUCCUGUUUAGCUAGUUCAGAAGCAUCAAAGAUCCAGCGCAUCGUGCUGAUUCUUGCGUCACAAGUUGCCAAAUACGGAUAGAAAAUGCUUCUCAGUGGGCUCCGCAUGAGAAACGUUUUUGGCAUGCAAUUUUGCAUGACAGCUCUGGGGUGGGGACGUUUUUAUUGAGAAUACGACCACGACGCAAUUCAUCGACGAGGGCACGGUGAAGAACUCGCAGAUUUUAUCCUGUGUAAAAGCUUUUCCACCCCAGAGUCAAGUUCGUUGGGAACUCUGCAACACAAAUCCAGAAGGUUUGGGAGUCACGCAUGGCAAGUUGCAGUUUAGCAAAGGAUGAAGCCGCAUAGGAUGAAGCCGCAUAGCAAAUCCAUCUCCUCAUCCUGUUUACAGCAUUAGAAGUUCCCAAACACGACUGGAAAUGCCUUUCAUGGGGAUGCGCAUUACAAACGCUUCUGGAAUUGCAAAUCUGCAUGGCAACAAAUCUGGGGUGGGGACGCUUUACAAACGAUAGAUUUUCACGAACACGGUGGUGAAUUCGCGGCAGAAAGUUUUGAACAAGGCGAAAGAGAAUAGUGGCGGCAGCAUAUCAUAUGUAAAAACGUCCCCACCCCAUAGUCUUAGUCAAGUUGCGAAAUCUGCAAGACAAAUCAACGAGCUUUGCCUGUCACGCAUGACAAGUUUGGCCGCGCAGUGUAGUCGUGUUUCGCCAGUUGUGAAUCAGCAUCACAAAUCUAUAGCAUCUGGUGCUGAUCUGAGCGUCACAAAUUCCAAAACACGCCUAGCGAAUGCGUCUCAUCAUGGAGCUCCGCAUGGGACACAUUUUAAGCAUGCAGAUUUGCAUGACAAGUAUCAGGUUGGGAUGUUUUUACACAGGAUACAGCAACGGCAUCGUGUUCGGGAGCAACAAGGUUGUGGACUGGGAGGCGACAGUAAACAACAGUAGUACAACAUCAAAUGACGAGAGUGGUGCAGCAGCUGGGAGUGACACUGAGACUAGUACUUCUUCGGCGGAGCAGUCUUCGUCAACUAUCGUUUUCAAGAACGUGAACACCGGAGUGACCACGACCGAGCAGCCGGCGUUUGGCUGGGUGAAGGUGAUGGAUAGUCGAUACGGGGAGGAUCCGUACUACUGGGACGUGCAGAGUAACCGGACACAGUGGACGCCGCCGUGAUGAGUUGGGGGGAGCUGGAAAUAGGAUAGGAAGUGAUCAUCUUCUUCCGCAAAUAGAGUGAAUGUCUGGAGGAAGAGACGACGCAAAUCUAAUGAACAGAAAAAUUUAGCGAUGACGGGCACGGGCUGACCGGCGUUAACUCGUAUGUUAUUGAGAGCAUUUUUGCUGGGCGACCGAGAAGGAAAAUGAAAAGUGAGAAGCUCUGCCAGCGGUCUGGGACUUGAGAUAAUUGUGUCUUAUACGAAAAUAAGUUUCAUGAUUUUCAAUUUUAACAAGUUGGCUUCUAACACAAGUAGCACC